AUGGCCGAUUCUCUGACCGAAGAGCAAGUCUCCGAGUUCAAGGAGGCGUUCUCCCUCUUUGACAAAGACGGUGAUGGACAAAUCACAACAAAGGAGCUAGGUACCGUCAUGCGAUCGCUGGGUCAAAACCCCUCCGAAUCUGAGCUUCAGGACAUGAUCAACGAAGUCGAUGCCGAUAACAAUGGAACCAUUGACUUCCCUGAAUUUUUGACCAUGAUGGCACGCAAGAUGAAGGACACCGACUCUGAGGAGGAGAUUCGAGAAGCGUUCAAGGUUUUCGAUCGUGACAACAACGGCUUCAUCUCUGCUGCUGAACUCCGCCACGUUAUGACUUCUAUUGGAGAGAAGCUCACUGAUGACGAGGUUGAUGAGAUGAUUCGCGAGGCUGACCAGGAUGGUGACGGCCGCAUCGACUACAACGAGUUCGUUCAGCUAAUGAUGCAGAAAUAA